CAGAAAACAAUCAAAGAGGAAGAAGGCAAUGAAGCCAAGUGGAGUGAAGCGGGACCAAGAUUUGUCCAUCGCUCGGGACCCGUUCCCAUCGCCGGAGCUCUCCUCCCUUUGCAAUUGGGACAGAGAGAGAGAGAGAGAGAGACGCAGCCACAUUUGCCCAGUAAAAGCUCACAUCGCCGAACUCUGAACUCUGAACUCGGAGGGUGCAUUGGGAGAGAGACGGGGAGGCAGAGGGAGAGCGACACUGACUGAGAUUGACAGCGAGAGAGAUGGUGGCUAUGUCGCUGAAUUUGCAGGCCAUGGUCGCGCCCGGGAGCUCGGGCCACCUCGUGCCCGCCGCGACAGUGCACCCCAAUGCAGGGCUCGCGUUGUCCUCCGGGUUGUGCAUGCGGCGACGGUGGCGGGCGCAGGGGCGCGGGCGGAAUUGCGCUGUGGCCGCGGGUGGUUUGUUGAGAUUGCCCCUGGUGUCGCCGAAGCCGAAGCGGAAGGUGUUGUUGGUGAGCGCUGUCGCGAGUGGAGGAGGCAGCGACAGCAGCGGGAAUGGGGAUGCGGAGAGCAGCGACGAGGUGGCGUCUGUGGAGAGUGAUGCGGCUGCGAAUGUAGAUUCCGCUUACAAAAGCCGGAGAGACAUGCUGCAGGAGUAUGUGAAGAAUGUGCAACCAGAAUUUAUGGAGCGCUUCGUUCAGAAAGCUCCUGCUCAGGUAGUAGAAGCCAUGCGUCAAACCGUGACCAAUAUGCUGGGUACUCUUCCACCGCAGUUUUUUGAUAUUCAUGUCUCGACAAUAGCUGAGAACCUAGCGCAGCUCAUGUACAGCGUGAUGAUGACUGGAUACAUGUUCAGGAACGCUCAGUAUCGACUAGAAUUGCAACAGAGCUUGAGCCUGGCCGCUCUUCCAGUUACAAGCAAUGUUACAUCUGACUCUAGAUAUGCACCCGGGACUCAAAAAUCAACAGUGAGUGGAGAGGUGGUGAGAUGGCGUAAAGAUGAAGAAAUUCCAGAGCGGGUGGAUGCAGUUGAGUACAUCGAGUUGCUUGAAAACGAAGUCGAGGAGCUGAGGAAGCAGCUUGAACUGAGAGGGCGUGGCAAAAACGAACUUUUGGAGUACUUGAAAUCACUACAGCCUCAGAACCUGCAGGAGUUGACAUCUAGUGCCGGCGAAGAUGCUCUUGAGGCGAUGAAUACUUUUGUAGCACGUUUGAUUGGAGUUGCUGAACCAGACAAGCUCAAGAGGGCAGCUACACAAACUACUGCAGCUGAAUUGGCAAGGAUACUUUACUGGCUAAUGGUGGUGGGUUACAGCAUCCGAAAUAUUGAAGUUCGAUAUGACAUGGAACGGGUCCUGGGUAUGCCUCCCAAGCUCGCUGAGCUGCCACCUGGAGAGAGUUUGUAAAUCAGCAACGAAAUUGUGGUAGUUGGGGUUACGUAGAGCAUCCAUCUGCCAUCAAUGUCCGAGAUGUAGACUAGUGUAUUGCAAAUGAAAAUUUAUCACGUUCAGAAAUUAUAUUCCGUAGUGCUAGGUAUCAUUGUUUAUUUAGAAUUUGAUACAACUGGAGUACGAAUCUAUUGGGAACAUUUGGCUUAGUGAUAUUUUCAAACUGUGACAAAAUGACUUGUGGCUUAACGACGUUUUCACAGAUGUAAGUGUUUGGCCUUUGCCGAUUAUUUA